AAGCAAGAUAACAUCCUUAUCAACAUCGCCGCAAAGAUGAUAAAAUUGACUUUAUCGACAACUAAUCUUCAUACAUUGUGACACCAAAAUCAUGAGCUGUGCUAAAAUAUUGUGCUUCAGAUGACGAAAUACGUUCAUGUGAUUUGUUGCAGUGUGAAGAAGAAGAACUGUUUGUAAAAUGUCAAUUAAAGUUAUAAAAAUCUGGCAAUUGUAGUGAAAAACAACUGGAAAUACGCAAUUUAUUCAUGGAAAAGAGAAAUCGAGAGGCCUAAAUUAUGCAUAUGUAAUAAAAAACUUCAGUGCUCGCACAUCAAGUUAAAAUUAACGUGUACACAGUGCUUUAUAUUGUUUGUUGUUUUAUUUAUAUGCAGCAAAUUACAAAAAUUCGAAAGGCCGAGAAAUGAGAAAGUUAAAUCAAAUUAAAAUUCAAAGAAUUAUAAUAAACAAAAUAAAACGUUUGCAACGUUAUUAAAAAAUUAAAAUAGUCUGUAUAUAUGGUUGGUUGUUUACUGAAUGCUAAAAAUGCAAAUUGGAGCAAAGAGUAAAGAGUGUAACUUUGGAAAUUAAACAGAUAAUUCGCACAUUACAAGUUGAUCAAUAAAACAAUUAACACAACUGACUACCAAAAAUAAUAACAAUAACUUACUAAAUAGUGAUUAAAAAUACUCAAAUCUCUUAAAUUGCCAUAUAAAAUAAUAUAAUCUCAAUAUUACGAAUUGUGAAAAUUAAUAAAACUUGAAACAAAGACCGUAAUGCUAAUGGUUCUUGACCAAUAAAUUGUAAGAUUUUUAAUAAGAAUAUCAUUUAAGUUAAGAUGGACACGUCUUUGACACAACAGCGAAAUCGUUUAAAACCUGCACCUACCACAACGACCACAUCCGCAGCCAAUGCUUCGCCAUUGAGUAGUAGUAUCAGUGGUGGAACCAGCGCGAUUUUAACUAAUCAUAACAACAUCAGCAAUAAUGCCGGAAUUGUAAAUGCAAAUAGAAGUGUUGGUAGUGCUAGUGUUGCAAUUAUGGCAAGUUCUGGUGCGGUAAUACCAAUUAAUCCAUUAACACAGUUAUCAACUCAAUCUUCAUCAUUGGAACGGAUAACCACAACAUCAUCAUUAGCGAAUCUGUUAGAUGGAUUUACUUCACGUGUAUCGGGCGAUCGUACUCAGAACACUGUUAGCACCCCUAGUAGUAUUAGUUCUCUGGGUACCACCGCAAAUGCCUUCUACUCUUCUUUAGGACUUGCUUUCAACUCCCUGACAUCGCCAAUUUCUACGGUUGCUGCUGCAGCUCAAGCGACUACCGCUGAAGCUGCAGCUGUUGUGGUAGCUGCUGCUUCAGCAAUUUCAAAUCAUCUUAGCUCACCAACAAGCGGAACGCCUCCUAAUAUGGAGGGCUUAUAUGAUGAUGAUGAUUGUGAGGAUGACGACGAAGAUGAUGACCGUCAUGUACCGGCGCCAACACCUAAAAAGACAUGGUCAGAGAUUAAAUCCAUUGUUAAUGAUAUGCGCAAACAGUUAGUCAAUUUAUCCAGCAUGAUGCCAUCUAAUAUACAGUUCCGUACCUUAUCUGACGGUCGGGUGCGAUGCUACUUUCUGAGUACACCACCUAACGCCUGGGAGCCAACACUGCUUUAUGCAGAUAUUAAUAUGAAUGCAGCAGAAGAAACUAUUUUGCAAAAUAGUCCACCCCUAACUGAUAUAAAUGAUAGUAUUGAUAGCGUUAAAGUUUGUAACAACAUUGCAUCAGUUACAGAUGGUGAAUCAGAUGACGUAGCUGAUUCCCUUGGGAAUGCUGUAACAAAUCGCUUGCCGUCACCAUCUUCUUCACACGCUUCGUCUCCCAUAUUGAAUUCUUCUUUCCUCAGAUAUAGUUCAAACAAAAGACUUCAAUGGAAGGUAGUAUUACAACAGCCAAUGUCAAGUGUGGCUGCUACGGCUGCUAGCGGAGGAGUUAAUCUAUGGUCAAGAGAAUUUCAGCUACUGCAGGAACGGAAACGACUCUCAACGUGGGGCAUUACUUCGUACGAGUUACACAAACCAAGCGGAAAAAUAGUUUUUCCCUGCUUUAGUGAUCUGUAUCAAUGCCUCGAUACUGGAUAUAAUACCAGCCCGCUUUUCCCUACACAAUUGCGAACAUGUCCCCAGUGGGCAGCGUUAGAUCCACAAAUCUGUCCACAAAAUUCUGAUUUAAUAGCAUACAUUAGCGGUAGCGACAUAUGGGUGACACAUACGGUUAGCGGACAUGAAGAGCGUUUGACAUUCGUGCACGAUGGUCGUCGUUCUAUUGCAGAUGAUCCUCUUAGCGCUGGUGUGCCAUCAUAUAUAAUGCUUGAGGAGUUUAGCCGCUUCCAGGGUUAUUGGUGGCAACCACACUCGAAUGAUGGUGUAUAUCGCAUUGUUUACGAGGAAGUGGAUGAGUCGGAUGUUUGCUUGUAUACAUUUCCAUCAUCGCAAGCAACGCCUGGGGAAAUAGAAGAAUAUCGUUUUCCACGUGCCGGCACAGCCAAUGCAAAAUCCAAAUUAAAAUUAGUGCAAUUCGUGCUCAAUGAGUCGCUGCAAAUUAGCGACGUUUGUAUAAAGGAUUUACCCUAUUCACUUUCCGUGGUGUUUCCUUGGCUGGAAUAUAUAGUGCGCAUUGGGUGGACGCCCGAUUCAAAUUACGUUUGGAUGCAGGGAUUGAACCGUAAACAACAACGUUUGGAUUUGGUACUUAUACCGUUGGAUAAUUUUUGCGAAACCUAUACCAGCACGGCGUCGUCGCCCUCAGGUUCAGCAGACCACAGCUGGAAGAGUCCAUAUUGUAGAGCUGUGUCACCUCUACAGGUUAUUUACUCCCAGACAUCAGAUACAUGGGUGAAUGUGCACGAUUUGCUUUAUUUUCUGGAAAUAACCGAUACAACGGUGACUUUUUUGUGGGCCUCUGAGGAGACUGGUUUCAGACAUUUAUAUCUUGUCACAUCUAGUCUGAAUACAUGCCCACUGAAUGGUUAUAAAGACGCGCAUAGCAAUACGAACAAUUUUGAAAUGAAUAGUCGAACAAAUUCUACUUCUUCUACCACAUCAGCCAACAUGGAUAUUCAUACGGAUUUCAUCGAUAGUGUGACGUUGCAUCCAAGAAUUAUUAAUAAAGUUGCACUUACCUCCGGCGAAUGGGAGGUUUUGCAUCGAAACAUUUGGGUGGACAAAGCGCAACAGUUGGUAUAUUUCAUUGGAUUACGUGAUACGCCACUGGAAAAACACUUGUAUGUGGUGAGUUUGCAACGUCCCGAACACAUACGUUUGCUAACCGAACCGGGCUAUUCAUAUCAGGUGGAAUUUGAUGAGGUAAUUAUGAUAUUUAUCAUACAACAUCAAUUUAAUAAUUCAUAUAUUCUUAUUAUUGGUAUUUUGCAGUCAUGUCAAUUGAUGUUGCAAGUCUACUGCAACAUACAGCGCUUGCCUUCCUGCAAAGUGAUGCGUGUUGCACAAACAUGCCAAAAUGGUGGAGUUAACGGCAUACAAUUAUCACUGAUGGGCUAUCUUCAUGAGGGUGGCAAACCUGAACCACAAUAUUGUCCGCAAAUGUUCCGCCCGCAAUUACCGUCGGGUGAAAUCGUGUAUGCAAUGGUAUUCAAACCACAUAAUUUCCACUUGGGCAUUAAAUAUCCAACAGUACUCAAUGUAUAUGGCGGUCCUGAGGUGCAGACUGUCAAUAACACAUUCAAAGGUAAACAUCAGUUGCGCAUGCAUAUGUUGGCGGCGCAAGGGUAUUGUGUCAUUUGUAUCGACUCGCGUGGGUCACGACAUCGUGGACUUAAAUUUGAAACUCACAUACGUUGUCGCAUGGGCCAAGUGGAGCUGAACGAUCAAGUGGCUGCAUUACGAAUAUUGGCAGAUCAGUUAGGCUACAUUGAUAUGAAUCGUGUAGCUAUACACGGCUGGUCCUAUGGUGGUUAUCUCAGUCUAAUGGGUCUGGUGCAGUAUCCCGAAGUCUUCAAGGUUGCAAUUGCUGGAGCGCCAGUUACAAAUUGGGAAUAUUAUGACACGGGCUAUACGGAACGCUAUAUGGAUUUGCCGCAGAAUAAUAAACGCGGCUAUUCAGGGGGCUCUGUGCUUAAUUACGUAGACGCUUUCCCCGAAGAAGAAAAUCGUCUUUUACUCAUACACGGACUCAUCGAUGAGAAUGUUCACUUCUAUCAUACCUCACAGCUCAUAUCAGCCUUGAAUCGUGCAAACAAACCAUACGAUCUACACAUAUUCCCUGAAGAGAGACACUCAUUGCGCAACUUGGAAUCCAAUAAAAAUUAUGAGACGAAACUAUUGGCGUUCCUGCAACACUUAUGAAAUUGCCAACACCAUGCUACCUACCAAUUAGCUAUGCAUAUAAUAAUAACGACAACGAUGACGAUAGCAAUGCUACUUAUAAUUUUUGUGUUGCAAGAGUUGCCACUGGCUUGUAGCGAUAAUCUCGAUAAAAAAACGAAAUACGAAUCCACAUCCACAAACACCAAGUGGAAGUAUAAUCGCUACAAUAUAGUAAUUAACAGCGCUAAAAUGCAAUACCGGAUGAUAGGCAGCAAAUAUUAGUAAUGCAUGUUUGUUGCCAUCCUCAACUUUUGAAAAUCGUUAAGCGCAUGCAGUAUAUUUUAUUUCAACUGACCUCUAGCAAACUAUUUAGAUUUUAAAUUUUAUUUUUUACCAUCUUUUAUCACUAAAUAACUUGAUUUGUACAGCCAGAAAUUAAUAGUAGCUUCUAUAGCAUCAGCGACAUUAAAUUAAAAUCGGCAGAAAAUGCAUUCGCGCCGUAUAUAAUCGCUUGGCAUUUCGAGCAGCGUGCAACGUAAAGGUCAUGUGUGCAGAAAUGAAUAUUAGUAAUAAUUAAAUUAAUGAACAAUAUAUAUAUAUACUUAAGCUAAAUUAUAAAAAGGCAAAUAUAAGCGUUUACUUAAACUAAUUGUAGUCAACUGCAAGAAUUUGAAUAAUCUUAUCACAAUAGCAAAAAGAGUGAUGUAAAAAUUAAUAGAACCCAUGGCUGCCAACUCAAAGUGCUGCGAACUAUAGAUUUGUAAACUCUUCAUACACCUUCAAAUGUUUCAUGCGUGCACAAAUCACGUUGUAUACAUAAGUUGGUCAGAUAUAAUAAUUAUUAUUAUUUAUUUUUGCUUUUGGUUUACGUAAAGCAUAAAGUCAUCUAUUGCUAAUAUUUAUUGCUUACAUAUUGUGUAUUAAUUUUUAUUUUGUGAUUUUAUGUGUUCCAGUAGAUCGGAUAUAACCUAAAAACAAUUGUUGUAAUUUUAGUGCAGCUAGAUCUACUGAAACGCGUUCAAUUGCAUUAAAAUAAAUGUGAAAUUUCGAAAUUAGGCGUUACGCCUUAAACUGAGUAACUCAUAGCAGUAUAUACCGUUUUGUACCAUUACAUGUAAGAUUAAGAAGGUCUAAUCAGUUCAUUUUGUGCUCAUAAAUAAGAAUAAGUAAAAAGCAAUUUCAAAAACUGUGUUCCAUUGCAUUGAGAUGAUUUUUUAAUUGAUGACAAUUUCCAACGCAGAACUUGCCUGUUUAUAGCCCGCAAUGAUUAAUGUUACAGUCCUAAACGUGUCGUUGUCCUCAAUAUUUAAAUGUAAUGUAUGUAAAUAUAACAUGUUGCAAUAUUAAAUAUAAAUUAAAUACCAAUUAACUUUAUUUACUAAUUCAUAAAUUCAUUAUUAAUUAUGUUCACUGUUAUAUUACGAAAUUUUUGAAAAAUAGUCGCUAGUUUAUAAUAAACGCAAAAUAAUGUAUUUAUUAAAAGAGACGAAACGUUGAAUAAUUAAAUUAAACAAAAAAUGAUAAUAAUAAUAAAGAAGUGUAUAUUUAAAAUUUCGUGAUUAUUACAACAAAUGUAUUGCUUAUGCAUAUAAAUAAACUUAUACAAAGGCUAUUUCGUGUAUUGAAUGCCUAAAGUAGGUGAAAAA